CGCGCCAGCCAACCAGCCAGCCUGCCAGCCACGGGGAAGUUUGAAUAUGGAGAUGAUAAAAAAAUAUUCGAGGAUAUAUGGAAUAGUUCAGAUUUUGCCUUCGGUUUGUCUGCAUUUUUUGUGUGUUUGGAGAAUUCGACGAAAAGAAAAAAAGAAUAGCUCAAAGAGCGUGGCUUGCGGAAGUCACUGUCAGUGAUACACGUUACGAGAUUACGUCGCGUAUCGAAAUCGGACGCUAACACAGCAGCACCAUUCGCAUCGCUUUUCGAUCACUUCCGGUUAUCAGCCGCUUAGUGGAGUGUGAGUGUCAGUUUUGGCAAUCCCUCACGCGUGUGAUAAUUAAAUUACCUCAUAGUACAAGUGCUGGUGUUUUUCUUGACCUACAUCCCCAGUGAGUUCCUUGGAUCACUAGGCCUUGGCACAGUGAAGCAAGGAUUAGAAACAAACGCCUUCGGUGUUGUAGUCAUCGUAGUCGUCGUCAGCAUCGUCGUCGUCGUCGUCGUCCUCACCGACAGCGUUGCCGUAGUGGAUACUAAUUACACGACCACAAUCAACGAAGGCAACUCCAGCAUCCGAAGACCCUUCCAACCCGUACCCAAUUAGAUUCAUUCGGAGGAAACCGUCGCGGUUGGCAGGGUGAAGAUGUGAUGUCCACAACAUGCACAGACUACAUCGGCAUUGCCGAUAAUUUCAAUUUUGGCAUUACCCAAUAACAGCACCAAUGGAACAACGGUAAAAUUGUAUCGUAAAAAGACAUAUUGGGCAAUUGUUUGACAAUCAACGGCAUUCAAGAAGAAAACCAGCAAAACCAACGAUUCAUUUGAAAUUCACUCCAAGCGUAACCGAAGGAGGCGAAUAUCAAUCACCGCCUAAUUAAUUGAUACUCUGUUACCUUUGAAUACCUACAAUUGUGCGCGCAUACGAUCCAGACAGAAGCGACGAGCCGACAGAUCAGCUCGGCAGCGAAUCCACGGGAAUAAAAAUGCUGAAGGAUCUCAUUGCUGCUGAAACGGUGACACCUGAAAAAUGUACCGGAUGUGGAAUAUCCAUAAGAGACCGAUACUAUUUGCUGGUAGCUGACCGAGCUUGGCACAACCAGUGCCUUCGUUGCUGCAAGUGCAUGGCCAACCUGGAAACGGAACUGAGUUGUUACGCUCGAGAAGGAAACAUCUACUGCAAGGAUGAUUACUACAGACAUUUUUCGUCGAGGCGAUGUUCUCGCUGUGGAUCCGGCAUCAGCGCAUCCGAGUUAGUGAUGCGAGCCAAGGAUUUAAUUUUCCACGUAAACUGUUUCUCUUGCGCGAUAUGUGGACAACUGCUACGAGGAGGUGACACCGCCGGUAUCCGAGAAGGCCGUAUCUUUUGUGGCGAACAUUACGACGCCGAUGUGCUCAGUGAACCAGAAACAAUUUCACCGCAGUUUUACCCCGGCGGACAUCAGCCCGUUCAGCCCCAGCAGCAUUCCCAAAAGGGACGACCCCGAAAGCGAAAACCUACACCCCAGCUGCUAGAUUCACAGCAACAGAACCAGCCACCUCCGUCACUUGACCAACUGGACCCCGGAACACCUCUGCGAUUAGAUUUGCUGCACAAAGAACUCAGCGUCAGCAAUUUAGAUUUAUCCUCGUACGACGGAAGCCAGUCGCCAGGUUCCGGUGGCAGUCUAACACCAAAUUGUCGCACCAAACGGAUGCGAACUUCCUUCAAGCAUCACCAGCUGCGAACUAUGAAAUCCUACUUUGCGGUCAACCAAAACCCGGAUGCCAAGGAUCUGAAACAGUUGGCACAGAAAACUGGUCUUUCGAAGCGAGUAUUACAGGUUUGGUUUCAAAACGCCCGCGCCAAGUGGCGUCGGAACGUGAUGCGACAGGACGGUGGUCUCGUCAAUGCAGGCCAACCGCUGGGUGGCCUACCGUCGAUUACGACCGCAAGCCUGCACCACCAUCACCAUCACCACCACCCUGGCAGUGGAAAUCCAAGCAAUACCAGCAGCAGCGACGGGGAUAUGUCCUCCAGUCAGGCUCUGGAAGAAAUGCAUAAUAUGACCUUUGCCGAACUGUACUGACACAAUCUGAUGAUCAAGAAUAUGAUUUUGUCGAACGUAAUCAAACUGUCGCAAAAUCAACGUCCCACUCAGCAGCAAUCAUCGGUGGUUGAGUAUGACCAGGAACAGCAACAAACUGACCCCGCGUUAGGGUCGAGCGAGGUAGGGUUCAGUGAUGGAGCAGAAAAAACAGACAACUGGAGCCUUGCUUGUGGCGAUGUUAAUCAUUAAAAAUUGUAUAAAGAUUGACAAAGUGGGUUCGGAGUGUGCAAUAGAAUUAACGGGUGAUUAAAAUCGACACUAAUUGCUAGUUCUCAAGCAGUUGAUUACACGAGCAAAUAUACGGUCCCGAUGUGACAGGUGAUUGAAUUCACGCUGGUCACGCAAUCAAACAAAGUUGACAGACAGUCCUACAUACAUAAUAUAUCACACAUGAGUUGCUAGUGACUAUCAAUUCCGUUAGAGAUCAUAAAAGCUGCAGUCGCAUGUAGGAAUGCGUUCUGCCGUGCAUUGCAAGAUCAGCAAUCAGGGUUUUCUGUGUUGUCUAUCAGUUGAGCAAAGCUUGUAUUCGCAAUGGCAGGUCGCAGCAUAGUAGCCAGUUUAGACGUUUUGUAGAGCAUUGAUUAAAUCAAAACUCAUCAUAAGAUUAACUUUAUUCAAUCGUCGGACUGAAGAAUGACACCGAUAUUAUUAUUCCAGUCGAAAGAAGAAGCACAGUUAAUAAUUUAGGUUGCCAAUUGAAAAAACUACCUUUAACGCGUCAUAGACUCGAGUAUUUUGCAGUUCACUAAGUACGAGUACAUUUUCUGAUAUUUCACAGAAAACGUAGGUAAAUUUGAAUUGCAAAAUAUGUUGUAAUUAUUUUGAAAUAUUUUUUCUUCAAAGCAAAGGAAUAUCAAGUCUGUGUUUUCAUCUGUAGCCCAUAUUUUCUGGUUUCAACCUUCUAAUUUCAAAUAAUAUUUUCCAAUUCGAUUAUUCAUUUCUAGUGUGAUGAAAAACAUUGUUAUUGAAGCUAUGUCCAUUUAGAAUCCGGAAUAAUAAAAUCACCUGUAUCUCGGUAACGAAUUGACGUACAAAUACGGUUAAUACAUUAAAACAAAGGUAAUUACUUCAAGGAAAAAUACCUAUACAAAUCAUUUCUCUUCGUUUCUAAUAAAAAAACGCGAAAUCCCAUCAAACGCUGCACACCUCCGGAAUCAACUUCCUUGGCACAUUCCUUAAGUUUCCGCUUCACUAUUGCCCAAAAUCUCUUUUUAUCGAUGAAAUCUACGUUAUUAUUGCGGUACCACUGGAUGAUUUCCCAGCUGUAGUGGCAACUCGCCAAAUCUCGCUAAAAAUUCACAGGACCUUGAUGGGUUUUAAUGAAAGGUAGUGCGCGAUUUUCGAGGCCAUCGUAUUAUUCGUCACGAACACUUCGGUCUUUGCUCCACAGCUGCAUAUCCCUUGCCAAAUCAUUAUUUUUUGGCAAAUUUCAAACAUUUCCUCGAAGAAGGGCUUUCUCUGACAGUUCUCAACACCUUCUGAGUCAGCUUGCGGUCACAUGUUCCACGACGAUGCUUACCUUGAGCCACUCGAUCAGCGCUAUUUCGCUCCCUGAAACGUUUGAGCACAUCAUACACGAUUGAUUUGGAGAUUUUCAACGCUUUUGCGAUUUUAUUGCGGAUCACGCAAGUGGAUUAUAAAAGUAGGUGUGCAGAUUCUUUUUCUCUCCUCUCGGCUUCCAUAUGGAACAACUUUUGACUCAUUGCACGAAACACCGUGAAAUUUAUACCACAGAAAGUGAGCGCCUAGGUGAACAAACCGCUGUAAAAGAAUACGUGGAGCGGUCACUUUUGGUGCCGCUGCAAUACAAUAAGUAAUUCCGGAUUCCUGGACAGAUCUUAACCUAAGCUCAUCUUUUGAUCAUAAUUAAUUUUUAGUUGAAGCAGCUAGUAGAAUUUAUUCGAUCUUCACAAUUACACUUUUGAGUCAUCAUUCAAUUCUACUAUUUCACUGUCGUGUCACUUCUGUAACGUAAAACAGACAUUACAAUACAAACACGUAUUUCGAUUAUUAAUUACAAUUAUCAUUAAUGUAUCAGAGUUUCGUAAGUGUUAUUGUUACAGUGAUGAUGAUUGUAAAUAACAGUCGAAAUACGUAUCUGUACAUAUUGUAACGUAUGUUCUACUUAGUGAAAGUGUAGUGAAGUGGCCAACACUCGCAUAAUUAAAAGGUGAAUAAGUGGAAUUGUGAGUUUUGAUCAUAACCUAACGAGGCAUAAUUUGAAAACUAUUUGCGAAAAAAAUAUCAUCAGAAAUUGAACUCAAACCUAGGAACUUUUUUGGAUCCGUAGCGAUUGAGCUACCCAAAGGAUGAGAGAACCGUUUGUCAGAAGCAACUCGAUGAAACAAUAUACCGUUAGGGUGCCAGUGAGCAAAUUUAGCUAAAAUUUUGCGUAGCGAUUUAGCUCAAAUUGAGCAUUGGGAUUUUUUUUGAAGUGCUUAAUUUUUCAGCAUCUUCCGCUUACGAAAAUAAGAGAUGAUUCUUCAAUGAUACUUUACACCAUAGGUACUUCACUUCGCGGUCAAUAGUUGAAGAUUCCCAAUCUUGAAAAAUUACAAAAGCUCCCCCUUACGCGAUAUUUUCGAAAUGGAAAAUUUUUUUUGGAUGUAAAAUGUUUCAGAAAUGCAUGAAAUCUUGAGCUUUGGUUAUUUUUCUAAGAAAAUAAUAUAUUUAUAAUUUGAACUUGAAAAAAUUUGAUUUAACUGGAGUUUGGAGUUUGAAACUGGAGUUUGGAAUCAAAUAUCACAUAAGGGGUGCGGGAUAGUGUGUUGGGUAGGUCAAUGCCUUUCGCGGAGCCCUCCUGGGUUGGAUUCUCAAUGCCGCACAUAGAGUCAGAAAGUUUUUCUGGCUCGAAAGAGGCAAAGUUAAGACUUCUAUAAUCUAUAAUCAACAAAAUAUCAGCUGAAUUAAGAAUAAUUUCAAAUACUAGUGGAAACAACUAUUCAGCAAUUUUAUUUUAAGUUGUUACUUUAUAUUCCAGUGGUACACACACAAAUUGUAAAUUUUAUAAGUGACCUAAUGACAUAUACGAUAUACCUAAUUCAUAAAGAACUAACUGGUCAAAUGACGGAAAAUUCUAUUUGUAAUGACUUUAUGUUGAUGUAAUUUAUAUGCACUAUUCACCAACCUAGUAGAUGUGUGCGUAUGUGACUCAGUCGAUUAACGGACGUACUUUGUGAUCCAAUGAUUGUCGGUUCAAGUGCUUGCAAUCACCACCAGUUUUUACUUUGUUUUCAUUUCAUUGAAUUUUAUGGCAUGGAAUUUUCAAAUGUUCUUGCCCGGAAAUAAACAUGUACUGUGUACAUCAAUUUAAAAAUUUUCUUAGACCCGGAGUCGAUUUAUUUAAUUUUUUUUUAAUUACGGCGUUCCAUGCAUUUCUAAGAAAUUUGUCGUCAGGGAAGAGGGGUGAUCUUAUACAAUUUUUCGAGAUUGAAAACCUUCAAACAUUGACCGCUAUAUUACAGCAUUUAGCCACGUCCGAUUCGGCUAAAAUUUGGCACUUGGAACUGUUUUUGGGAGAAACUAGAACAUUAGAGAUAGCAAAGUUUUCACAUUGAAUUCCUUUUGUGAAAUUUGACCGUUCUGAAACAACAGACUUUUCCGUAGAUCUUAGCUUACAAAUUCAUUGCGUAGUUAGUGCUAUGAACCUACUGACACUAAGAAUCCUUCCAGGUCGGUGCUCGAUCAUACGAUAACUGGUUUAUAAGACCAGCGCUUUAUGCAUUGAACCACCAACCAGGGUAUAGCACUAUCACUUUAUAAAUUUAGAGAUAAAGUACUGCCAAAUUCACUACUAUAUACCAGGUGUGCCCGCUAACAAUGAGGGAUUUUUGGAAUGAUUCAAGAUACUUUAUUCAAAGCAGUUGCCUUCGGAGGCUAUACAUUUUUUCAUCUUUUAACCAACUCACGAAUACCGAGUCGAAAGAACAGUUCAGCUUUUGAAGCGAUCCAGUCGUGAAGCCAUUUUACCAUCCUUCAUAAAUAUUGAAGUGCUGCUAGGUAAGUGCGUGAGAUAUCGAUGAAAAAGUCCGAGGGAGGUCAUGUCUGGGGAGUAUGGCGUGUGGGACAAAAGUUCCUAUCUCAGUUCAGAAAGUAUGUUUUUGACCAAUGCGGCUCUCUAUGCGGAGGCGUUGUUGUGCUACAAAAUGACUUUAUCAUGUCUUGUGAAGCACUCUGGUCGUUUUUUAAAGUAUUACUGGUUUUAGAAGUUCGUAGUACAAGAAACCUUUCUGAACCAUCCGAUUUCUUUCCAGGUUAGAUUUUGUAGUUGAUGUCAAUAGAUUGCAAAGGUUUUUGCACUUGGGAUUCUCAAAAUAAAUCCAUUUUUUAUUGCCCCGAUGAAGAAAAUCCUUUGUUUUAUACCUAGAAAGCAAAAAAUCGCUCACUUUUUUUCCCUUUUCCUACUGUCUAUCAUUCAGCUGAUGAGGAACCCAUUUUUUCACCAUCUGAAUCUUUUAAAUAACGUGUAAACGAUCCAUUUUUCACGACUCCUGCUCAACCGUGUUUUUGACAUUUGAACGAUUAAUUAUCAGGAUUGAAGACAGAAAAUAGUUUUAUUAUAUAAAUCAGAAAAUUAUUUUCUGCUUUCUUCAGCGAAAGCAUACUGGAGCUUCAAGAAGAUGUAGAUUUGUUUUGAUUGAUAAUAAAAUUUGUACUCUGUUCAAUAUAUUCGAGAGUGCAAUUAUUUGUUAUCAAAAAUUCCUAUCUAAAACAUCACUAUCUCAGUUUUUUUUUUCAACAUUUUUCUUACCUUUCCAGGUAAAACGUGUUAAACGGGUUGUGCCUCAAAAUUUUCUAUUACAAAAUUUCUUAAACAGUAACAUCAAAAGAUUGAUUUGUAAACUAGUAUGAAAACAUCUUUUCAUACUAGUUUACAAAUCAAAGGAAUGAUAUCAAAUCAAGCUUUUAAUUCGAUGUCGACAACAAAAGAUAGUUUCAAUAAGUUCUCUUCUUGAUAUUUGACUUUGCUCAGGCAGUGUACGCGUGAACUGCCUCGCAGUUGCCGAUUUCAGAUUAUCUGAUGCAAUCGUGAUGUACGUCCAACCAAUAUGACAAAUACAUCUGAUGUCAUGUGUACUACACUGACGAUUAAUUUCUACGCAUCGUCAAAUCGUCCUUUAGUUUCAAUUCGUAAACCCAUCCAAAGAAAUACUAUAAAAUGGUAGACGAACGAAAAUAGUGGAACUUUUAUCUUACUAGAGAUCGGAUUCAAAUCACAGUUCUGCCUGUUGACUUUCUGCUGGAUGUGAAGAAAUACAAUUUAAAAGAAACGCAAUGAUGGCAAGGUUUAAUUUGCUUUCGUACUGUACACAUGUAUCGAGUGGCUUCUAAGCAUCACCUGAACUCAUUACUAGAUGGUAACUAGUUACUGCCUCACAUGCUCGUUUCGCAGAGAUUUCAGACUUCAAUCGCUCCAAUAAAACGCAGUAAUAAUAAUCUCCACCUUAAGACAUCACAAUCAUUUAUGCGACUGCGGUCAAGGAGGUUACUUUUCACCACUCCGUUUAAAUUGAUAUCUAAACUUUGUAACAGAUACUAUAAAAUCAUCCUAUCACCCAGAAGAUGAUAGAAGGGCAAUUAGAUUGGUGAAAGGAACAGUACAAUUCGAAUUUGCGUGGGAAACGAGAUCCCAGAGGAGAGACUGAACUGUGAACCAUACUAUAAGUUCUGUUCAAUCAGGUUGUACUCUGAGUUGUGUUUCUUCAUUUCCAGUGUAGCUCAAUUCGCAGAAUGAUUCCCAUGGAAAGAAGAAUUUUGCGGAUUUGUAUCAGAAGUAAAUUUGCAUGCAAAUUUGAAUUUUUGCCUAUUUUCAAACAUUAUUUAUUUCCCAAUCUGCCUUUCGUUGAGUGAUGAUAAAAACUAAACUGAGUUCUUGGUGAUUGAAUAUCAUACCAUACAAACUUGAAAACAAUCACGUUUUAUAAGUCAAAAACUUUCCUAAUAUUCUUAUAGAUGUAAAUUAUCAAGAUCAGUACUACCUGGAAUGAGAAGUCCCGGGCCAAACAUAGAUUUUUUACCGUGACAACUUUUUACUUUUUUUUAUAUAUAAAAAAAUAGGUAUAGAAUUCGCUCAAACUUUAGAAAAUUUUUCCGACAAUGAAUGAAUGACAUAUACCAAUCGAUUCAGCUCGACGAACUGAGCAAAUGUCCGUGUGUGUGUGUGUGUGUGUGUGUGUGUCUGUAUGUGUGUUGUCAACUAAGAGGUCGAGAUCUCAGAGAUGGCUGGACCGAUUUUGAUCAAACUAGUCGCAAACGAAAGGUCUCCUCGUCACCCAAAACGCUAUUGAAACGUUUUGAGAUCGGAUGUUUACUUUUUGAGUUAUACGAAGUUUUAUGUUAAAAUUUACAGUUUUUUGACAGUAUCUGUCACAACUGACCUUGAAAACAGAAUAUGUUUUAAGACUUAGUUUCUGCACGGUAAUAGCUAUCCAACAAGCCAUAGAUUGUUAAAAUCCGUCCAUUUUUAACGGAGAUAUCGAAAUUUUUGUGUAAACGACUUUUCCCCCUAUUCCAGCAGUAGGAGUUUUGAGCACUGUAUGACAAAGAAAUGCUUGGGAGCAACGGAAAACACGAUUUUUUAUACUGUGACAUACAAUUGUUUCUAAGUACCAAAAAGACUGUGUACAGCAUCCUUUUUCAUGACAAUUUGCCUUGGACCGAUUUUAGCACGGUUCAUUUUUGGCAAAAUAAUCGUUCGAAUAUGGCAUUUAUAAACCAGAUGAUAUCAGCAUUUUCGAGCUGAAAGUAAUUCCAUAAUUAUAUUGAUUUAAACUACUUAAAGCAAUAAAAGCUGGAAGAACAUAACUUCCAUAUACCAUACGACUCAGUUCGUCGAGAUCAGCAAAUGCGUGUGUGACAAAUAAUUUCACUCAAUUUUUUCGGAGAUGGCUAAACCGUUUUCUACAAACUUAGAUUCAUAUGAAAAGUAGUAUACUCCCAAAUUUGGAUCCGACUUCUGAUUGCGGAACCACAGGAUGAUAUAUGAAACGAAAUUAAAAUAAUGCAAUUCAUUUUUCUCGUAGAUGGCUGAACCGAUCUAAGAUUCAAAUGAAAUCUAAGAAUCAUCUAUGAUUCAAAUGAGAGGUCUUAAAAUCCUAUAAAAAUUAGUCAGAUCCGAUUUCUGGUUUAGGAUAAACAGGGUGAUUAGUAUAAAAAUGUCCAUUUCACAUAAAUUAAUCAGGUUUAUCGGGUUUGCUGAUUUGGAUAGUUGAUUACGAAAUAAAUUUAUUUCAGUUUAAGGGGUAUUCAGUUUUCGAUUCGGAAUGUACCCCCAAAUUUUAAUUCGCACUACAAUUUCUUAAAGAUGUCUACACACUCCUCAGGUGAAUUUAACUGAUUUCGGCUACACCGAUUUUAGAACUCCGGUUCCAUUUUCGAAUCGUUUCUCAAAGCUCAAUCAUUUUCUCAAAAAGACCAAACGAACAAAAACUUAAUUUAAGGACUUAAGGUCCCAUACAAAAUUGGUAAAUUUUAUCCGAUUCUGGAAUUACAAAUGCUGAGUUUUUAAAAUUCAUACCGAUAUAGAAGAUGUAAAUUGUUUGGCGUAUUAAUUUAUGGCCAUUUGAAUCAUUUUGGGUUAUGCUAGUUCCUGAAUACCGGCUCUGGAAGUACCAUAAAUAAUUACGAAAAACUCUAAAGUGGAACCUACUUCGACAUCUCAUUGAAUGUUCAAUCGAUUGUCACACGUUAAGAUUGAAAUUCGAUACGAUUUGCAGAUUCGAAAUUACAGGGUAAUGAGUGAUUAAAAUCUCAAUUUGCCGUUUGAAACGACUAUAAUUAAAAUAGUGUCAUGAGAACUAAAACACCUAAGAAUAUUCAUGCAAAAACAAAACACAUGCGGAUUGAUAAAAAAGGUAUUAUCUCACUGCUAGGUGGAUUAAUCACAUUUUCAUUCUUACAAAUUUCUAGAGCGAUACACUUGACUCAUCGGUCCUCCAACAUUUUGAUGCCCUUUGAAACAAAAACAAAGAUUUGUCAAGGCCUUCAAAAUAGGCUUCCGUUCGUGCAAUGGCCUCAGCAUUCGAUGAAAAUUUCUUUCCCUGGAGAAACCUUUUUAGGUUUGGAAAUAGAUAAUAGUCACUAAGUAGAGAUAACAGUCGCUGGGGACCAUGUCUAGAGAGUACGGGGGAUGAUGGACCAAUAAGUACCGCAAAUCACAAUCAACUUCACCGUUGCUUUUAUGCAUGAAUGUUUUGAUGCGUCGUUUUCCAUAGCUUCAUAAAAACUAAAACUCGUCUCACACGAUCAGCUGUAAUUCAAACACUAGUGGAUAGAUUGUCAUGAAAUUUGGUAUUGGGCCAUUUAGAGGGUUGUUCUCAACAAAAAUAUACAUGGUUCGAAACUAUUCACGUCUUUUCUGUGCGAGACCCCGGACUUUUCAUUCCAUGUAGUAACAUCAAGAUUUUUCGAACACUAAACCCCGAAAAGUAUUCUGUUUAAUUUAACUUCUUUUAAAAUAAUUUAAACUGAAAUCAUCGCCGACUAAAUAUUACCAUCACUUUUUCAAAGGAUCCAACAAAGCAUAUGCGAUUGGAAUCGAUUCGUUCUUCAGUCUGAUAACGAUCACUCUUUUUAAAGUUUAAUAAGCAACGCUAUGUCAAGAAUGAAAGAACAACACCAAAAUUGAUGACCAACCCACACCAACUAAUUUAUUUGCAAUGGCAAAUGAGAUAAAAAAAAAUCCAAUGCGAAAAGCAAAUCUUUAGCUAUUGGCUCAUGCACCAUUCCUACUAUCUUGUUAGUGCUAAACGCCCAUGUAAAUACACCCUAGAUUAAUUAAUUAGUGAGCGAUAUUGUAGGCAAACAAGAUCGGCGAACCAACACUCGGACGAAAAAAAAAUACUAAUAUAUGGGUGUAAUCAUUUUAAUACCACAGUUUGUUUGCACUUGUUUUUUUCACGGCGUGUGAAUUGAGGUAGCGCGAAAAUGUUCCAGUUGAUUCUGUUCUGUUCCUACUCCGUUGUUCUGUACAUAGUCCUAUCUGUAUGAAUUUCACCUCACCCACUGUGAUGCCGGCAGGAAAAAGCGACGUGUUAACCGGAGCUUUUUUAUUUGUUUUCGUCCAAUGGAAAAUUGCAAUUCAUUACACUGUGUACAAAUUACCCGAACAAAUUAAUUUAUAAACACUAUCCUUGUACGUUGUUAUUAAAAUA